UGGAUGGAUGGAUGGAUGGAUGGAUGGAUGGAUGGAAACCAGCAGAUUGCCUUAAUCACGAAAGCAGCAGUCAUGACACUGAGUUACUGACGCUCUCUCAGCCUAUAAUAUCAGGCUUGGGUGAUAAGUCAGGUGAUCAAUUUCUGCCAUAGCUAAUGUUCAGUAUCAUCACUGUGUUGAUCUGAAAAAAAAACCAGAAGACCCUACACUUGCAGUAAAAUGCUAGGAAGAAAUAAACAGAUAGAUCAACAAGGUAGAUUUGGGGAUAUUAUUGUGGCAUUUUUUUAAAAAAAAAUUGUGAGAGGGGAAGCCUUAACCAGUCUAGUAGAGGGAAGGGCUCAUUGUUAAGAGACUCAAAGCCAGCGAUGCCUCUAAAGGAGAACCAGUCCAAGGAAAUCAGCAGCCCUGAAUCCCUGCAUGGUAUUGAUGGACAGGGCACCUGGUCUGACAAAGACUAAUGGUGAUCUCCUCUGCUCUCUUCUUGUCUGGCCACUUUGGGACCUCUUGCCCUCCUCCUUUUGCCACGAAGGCUCUGGAGUAGAUGACCCCGUGGGAGAAGUCUCUGUCCAUGUCGAGUUUUUCACCCAUCCUGGAACCAGCGAACACAAAGUAACGGUCAAAGUGGUGGCUGCCAAUGAUCUCAAGUGGCAGACAUCGGGCAUUUUCCGGCCUUUCAUUGAAGUCAACAUCAUUGGGCCACAUCUCAGUGACAAGAAAAGGAAAUUUGCUACUAAGUCCAAGAACAACAGCUGGUCCCCCAAAUACAAUGAGAGCAUCCAGUUCACCCUCGGCACUGAGACAGGCCCAGAGUGCUACGAGCUGCAAGUCUGCGUCAAAGACUACUGCUUUGCACGGGAAGACCGAACGGUGGGCAUCGCCAUCCUGCAGCUGAAGGACAUCGUGCAGCGGGGCAGCUGUGCCUGCUGGCUGCCGCUGGGCCGGCGCAUUCACAUGGAUGACACGGGCCUCACGGUGCUGCGCAUCCUCUCGCAGAGAAACAAUGACGAGGUGGCCAAGGAGUUUGUCAAAUUGAAGUCAGAUACGCGCUCAGCCGAGGAGGGCAGCAGCAGCUAAGACCAAUCUGCCUCCCCCUGACUUCCCCCUCCCACUUGUUCCCUUUCCACAGUCUGCUAGAAUUGCCUUCCCUUCUCUUCCUGGUCCCUUCCCUCUUUUAUACAGCCAUGUCAAAGCCAUAGAGUUUUCAGAGCUGUCCUUUCUUCUGCCCCUUCACCCUGGCCCUUCCUGCUCCUCACCUCUUUCAUUUGGGAGGUUUGCUCCCGCUGCCAAGGAUCACACGUCGCGCACACCUUCUCAAAUACAUGUGCAUUGCCAAAAUUCCCCCAUGAAGCAGAGAGAGGUGAGAGAGUGAAGAGUUUGUCCCUGAAAAGGAUUCUAACAAAAAUCAAAGAUGCUGCUGACUACAUUUUGGCAUAAGCUCCCGCCAUCCCCUCUUUCCUGGCACAUUUUUGUCUGAUAAACAUCAGAAGCUGCCUUCCAUUUAAUCAAGGUGUUUGUCAACCAACCCAGUAUUUCCAGCGUGGAUUGGCAGCUGCUAUCUAAGGCAGAUGUUUUUCAAUCUUAGUAUCAGUAAAAUGACUGGACUUCAACUCCCAGAAUUCCCCAGUCAGCAUGCUUGGCUGGGGAAUUCUGGGAGUUGAAGUCGACCCAUCAUAAGUUGCCAAGGCUGAGAAACAUUGCUCUGAGGUCUCAGUGGUGGAAGAAUAUUUCCCACUACAUGCUGCCUAAUUUGUGAACUGAAAAUGCUGGGGAUUGAACUAGCAGCCGACUCUAAAUAAAAUCGAAAUCCCUGUGCCAAGUGGAAAUAAGGAUAAGUUACAAAUAUGUAAUACUGGGAAAGGUAGCUUUCUUUGUCUUCACCCUAUUUCAGCAGAGCUAAAGAAAUAACAUCCGAAUCUUCCCUGCAAUUCUAGCACCAAGUUAUCAGCUCACUGAGGCAAAGCUAGAGAAUGGCAGCUAGGCAUUUCACCACCUUGGGAUCAGCAUGAAACUCUUUUAUUGCUGUGGCCUUCAAGGAAGCCCAGCAAUCAGAUAAUGUUAGGAAUGUAGUCCAUCAUCUGAAGGGCUAUGGCUUCCUUUUUUUCUGUUCUGUUAUUUUAGGACUUUUUUCCCCAUUUCAUUUCCCUUUAAGAAGUUCCUUUCCAUUAAGAAGUUCUGGAUUUAAUUCCAGAAGUGAAGCAUGCACUUUGCUACAGUCUUAACAGUUCCAUUGUGUCAUUUUCCCCCCCUGUCUCAUGCACACAUUUCAAACCCUUGAGUUACUAUUUGUACAUGCAAUGUAUAUGCAUUGAAACACUACCCCACCUUCAAAUCUUGGUUGCAUCACAAUACUGGGUGAGGUUUUAUCGAUGUUCGUGAACAUCGGCUGUGAGCAUUGGCAAAACAUCACACUGCACUCUUGCUACCGUCACAAUUAUCUCAUGAUUCACUUCUUUUUGUGGCGUUUGUUUACACACGAACGUACAAAAGUAAUGCACGGGAGAACAGAGGACAGUUUCAAGACUGAAAAUUGUAAUAAGAACGUUAAGUAUCUUAGAAGUGAAAAAAUGGACAGUCGUAAAUGCCCAAUCUGGAAAUAAAACCAGGUAUUUCAGAAUGCAUGGGUACAUGGAAAAAUUCAGCCAGGGGAAAUUUUGUAGGCAACCUUUCUGCACACUUGGUAACAACAGCAUGGCGCAUGUGUGCUAAUUCAAGCAAUUUUAUUUUACUCAAGGAAAGGAACAUUUGAUCAAUGGGUUUGGCCCUGGCUCUUUUUCCAGUGUGUCAUAAUUCCUGGCUCUAUUCAGAUAACACACCUAAACUAAGCUGGUUUAUUCUUGUGAAUGUAGAGGGAAUGAGGGAGAGGUAUGUGAACGUGGAGUGUCACUGCAGUAUUUGUUCCACUACCAGUAAGAAGAUAAUAGGGCCUUGUAGGUGCGGGAUUACAGUAUGUAAUUUUGGAAAGAAUUCAAGGUUUGAGAGGUUCCAGGAGAGAGACAAAGGCUGAACAUUAAAGGGAGGAGAUAUAUGGGGUGGGAGGAGCAUGAGGUCCAAAGGAGCAAUGUUCUGAAGAGAGCAGUUGUUUAUGGGAUUGCUGAGGAUGGCCCAACUUUUGGAAAAGUUAAAUGAUCAUCAUGACUGUCCUAAAUCUCCUCACUGACGUCACAUCUGCAGAAGGGCUCUCUUUCUGAAAGCUGCAUCAAUCGUAACAGCUUGGCCAGUUCUGUCCAUAUGCUUCUAUGACUUUACAGAUAUAUGGAUUGAACUGAUCACCCAACCCAUCAGUUGGUGUCCUUGCUUAUCUGCCCCCCACCCCAUCCCAGUUUGCUCCUCUGCCACUGAAAUACAACUCGUUAUUCUCAUUCCUUGUUUGCUAUCUGAUACGGGAUCAACUCUCACUGGUUGGGCAGCUCUGAACCAGUUAGAUCAAGCUGAUAACUAUCUUGGCUUCCUAGAAAGGUGCCUUACAUCAGGCAGAUUAUUUUUUUUCAUUCUGCCCUUAACUAUUUUGCACCUGAUUGGCAGCUCAUUCCUCCCUUCCACCUCCAAUGGGAUCCUGUUAAAAGCAGAAAUCAAGAACGGGAUCUUCUGCAUGUAAUGUAGGUAUUCCACCUAUGAUCUUUGAUCUCCCCGACAUCUGGAGAUUGAAAGAUUUCCAAGUCAUUUUUGGACAUGUAGUGGAAAACACUGAAGAAUGCCCAGAAAGAAAGACAGUGAUGUCCACCUAAACCUGAUACAUCCCCUCGCUGGAAAAUGCAUAGUCACCUCUUCCAAACACUGCACAAACCUACUUCCAAGCUUAACUCCUCCCUCUAUUAAUCAGAACUCUCUCUUCCCCCACCCCCAUUUGUCCCUCCUCUUUUUCAAAAAUGUUUAAUUUUUUUAUGAAUUGCUUGGGACCAAAG